AUGGCACCAAUACGUUAUAGUUUACAUUAUGAAGAUUAUUCAGAGCAUUUAAUGUCGAGAUUCGGAAAGCUUUUACAAAUGCAAUCAUUCGUGGAUAUGACUUUAAUGUGCAGUUCUCAUACUUUGCGCGUACACAAGGCUGUACUAGCUGCAAGCAGUGCUUACUUUCAAGAUGUACUGCAAAAGCAAACUGGAGAACCGUUAAUAAUAUUAAAAAUGCGAUUUGGAGUUAUGAAGUGCUUAGUGGAGUUUAUGUAUUGUGGCAAAACGCAAUGUCCCGAAGAGCAUUUAGAUGAAUUAGUAUCGGCUGCACAGUUUCUGAAGAUAAAGGGACUAUCAAAAGUAACCAAAGAGGGUCUCGGUAUUACCAAUACUAGCGAACUACCAGUGUUUACUCCUCCUGUAGUUAUCAAUGGUCCACCGCAAUCUAUGACUGACUUGCAUGCUCAGGACAAUCUCGAAACAAAGUCAAUAGAUCAAGCAGCGACUAACACGUCCCAAAGUAUGGACAAUCGAAAUAGUCAAGAUACAGUAGUUCGGAUACCAUUUGAUAUCGAAAAUAAAGGAAUGAGUUCUGGAGAUUUUGACUUAAGGUCCAUACGACCACGACGAGGCAGACCAAGCAUGAGAUCUGGCCCGUGGGAUAGUACUGGAUUGAUAGGCCGAGCUGCAGAACGAGCCUUAAUGCGAAGAGAACAGGACUCGCGUAAAGCCAUACACCACUUAAAGAAUUUGCAGUCUCGACAAAUGCAGGACUAUAUGGAUAGAACGUUGACGCAAGCAGUUAGCAGUAUUUGUGAACCUGAAUCUUCCACGCAUAGUUAUAUGAACAUAGACAGCGAUCUCAUGUAUAUGGACCAAACAGUAUCAUCCAAUAUGUUGGACCCACCCAUUUCCUUUUCGAAGGACUCAUCAGUCAACGAAACGUCAAAAUCAUCUGACUCUGGUACGGCUAUGACUCAAUACGUUAAUGCCUUAAAAAGUGCUGGCCUCCCAACAGAUCUGCCUAUUCUAUUUGAGUCUAGCGACGGCUCAUACAUAAAUGUCAACGAACAAGUUCUCCUCGAUAUGGUUCAGAGCAACGAAAUAAAAUACGAAGUAAUCGAACAGCCUGACAUUAUUGAAAAGGUUUCUGAUCCAAGUGAAAUUAAAAGUAUCGAUGAUCUAUCCAAGUCUAUAGAACGAGGAGAAAUACUAAUGGGAUCCAACAAUUACACAUCCAGGAACUCCUUUGAGAAAGAUAAUAUUGCACAUCAAGAUGCGAUAACAACUUUAAAUUCUAUACUUCCUGAUAGCUUAGAAUCAUUUAACGAAAAUCAAAACUACGUUGUGUUAGGUAGUGGACUACAAAAUAGCAAUACGAUGGAUCCUGAAAGUACAAACGAUUUUACUUGCAUUGAAAGUGACAUGCAAUUUUUUACCAAAUCUAUGAGUGAUGACGUUAAAAAUUAUUACCAACAGCAACAACUUAAUGAUCCAAGAGAUACACUUUGUCCUGUUACUAAUUCACUUGAUUCUAGUUUUAGCAUGUCUUUAUUAGAUACAAAAAAUACGUCUUUGGGAGAAGGAAUAUCCCAACAAUACAAUCCUCUUAAUCCAGAAAGAAAUGACGACUGUUAUGACUUUAGUAUGCAGUUAUCCCAAUCCUCACAUUUUAAAGAAGAAAUUGAUUGUUUAAUCUCACCACCAAAGCCGGCGGAUAGCGAUAGGUUUGAUGGAACAAGCGUUAACAGAGUUCAAGAACAAGAUGAAAUCAUGAAAGACUUAAUGGACUUGGAAAGCAAUAUUAGGAACAUUCAGGAUGAUUCCGAUAAUAUACUGGCUAAGCACAAAGAACAAGAUAGUAGUGUUAACUUCGAAAACAUAAAUCACGUAUUUAAUAGUGAAUCUACAACAAAUGGAGAUAUUAGGAAAACUGACAUAAACGAUAGCUUUUCACCUACAAUCCCGCAUGAUUUAGAUUGGGAUAAAGAAAAUUUAGCACCGGUCACUGCAGAAACUAAAUCGAAUGUAGAUUUCUCUGAUGUUUUGAAAACAAGUGAAUGGACUGGUUGCGAAGAACAUGAUAAUGAUAACGAUACGAACAAAGCGUUGGGAGGCGACUUCAGUACUCUUCAAGAGGAUAUCCCUUUUGCAGUGGGGUUAUUGCCACUGAAAACACAAUCGCAGACCAUCGAAGACAGUAAAUUGUGUAAAAGAAAACUUAGCGAUGAUGACUUAUGUGACGUAGAUGCAAAGUGCCUUAAACGUAAAGUUAAACAUAAGAUUACGUAA